CGCACCCAAUGGUAAAUCGUUAGCUGACAGUGCCUACACAAUGAUGUUUCCUCUCCUGUCUCUAAUCAUUUUGCUUCUGCCUGUCAAUGUGUUCCCCGGAACCACGGCACUUAAUCCUCUGCAGGUAAACCUCACCUCCGGGACAUUCCUGGGACAGACGGUGCCCAACGGGACCGACAACUGGCUAGGCAUUCCAUUCGCUAGACCGCCUAUCGGUCCAUUACGCUUCAAAGCACCAGUUGCCAUUACUCGGCCGCCCGCAGCGGUGAAGAAUGCUUCUAUUUUCGGAGAUGCUUGUCCCCAGACACCGUCCAAUUCUCUGGGCGCACCUCAAAGCGAAGACUGUCUUUUCCUUAAUGUAUGGCGUCCAGCAAGUACUCAGGCUAAUGCUAAACUUCCAGUGUUGGUCUGGUUCUAUGGGGGUGCAUUCAUGAAUGGCGCGGCGUCCGAUCACUCCACUGACCCUACUCGGAUCAUACAAAGGAGUGUUGCAAUUGGCAAGCCAAUCAUGUUCGUCUCAGCCAAUUAUAGGGUGAACACGUUCGGCUUCCUUUCAAGUUCUCAUGUCGAACCGCAAGACCUGAAUGCUGGAUUCCAUGAUCAACGUUUGGCUCUGGCGUUUUUGCAAGACAAUCUUGCUGCUUUUGGAGGGGAUGCAUCAAAGGUCACAAUCUGGGGUCAGUCCGCCGGUGCUGGUAGUGCGGAGACGCAUGUACUCUUCCCAGCUCCUGGAAGGAGUCUUUUCCGUGCUGCUAUUUUUGAUUCUUCGACCGGGCCGUUUAAAAACUCACCACCUGCCAGUCGCUACGAUGAUCCUGGGUUUCCAUUUGCACGUCUGCUAGAGGCAACUGGGUGCUCCUCCGGACCGGACUCGGUAUCAUGCUUACAAGCAGUUCCGUUCGAGACUUUGCAGAACAUUUCUGUCAGUAUGACAGAGGCUACGCUGAAUGGUCAACUCUGGCAACCUUCACUGGGCCCUCCAGGCAGUUUUGUAACGCAGAGGUCUUCUCUGCGGAUUGCGAGUGGGAAUUUCUUACGAGUUCCCAUUCUAGCUGGCACAAAUUUAAACAAAGGAACUGUAUUCAGUGAAUCCCUACUCAAUCGUGACAUUCCUUCUGACCAGGAAGACGCGGCGUUCGACAACUUCAUUAGGGAGCUUAUGAUUGAUCCUGCUCCCAUUACCAAUGACACUCUCAAGCGGAUUCACCAGCUCUACCCUGCCAAUUCAUCCGCGAAUGGAGCUCCAUUCGCAACUGGUGAUUCGCUUUUCGACCGGGCCGAAGCAUGGUACACCGACAACAUGUACCUAGGACCAAGAAGGUUAUUGUUUAACAAGGCUGCGACCCUGGGACAGACGCUCUUCACGUAUUCUUUCAGGGAGCAGCUUCCUGGGGCUAGCCCGACAUUGGGAGUGUUCCAUGGUUCUGAGUUAGCCUUGUUGUUUGGCCCUGUGCCUACAGCGGUGGAAAACACUUUCGCUAAUCAAAUGACGGAUUUCUAUAUUAACUUCAUUAACGAUCUCAACCCGGGAGGUGGAUGGCCUGUGUUUGACAGCAAGUCGAAGAGCGUCAUGCAGUUACUGCGUAACAACAUCACCAUUAUCCCAGAUGACUUUGAGGUACAGAAGACUGAUUUCCUCACUUCCCCCAGCAUCCUAGCCGAAUUCCAGAGGUAAUCCACGGGGACAGGACGACUAUAAACUCUGCGGCUUGUCUGUUCAAUCGAUCUGACAUAAUGAUAUUGUACUAUCAUUACUGUACGGAAUACUCCACCGAACUGUUCCCUGUCACGGUCACAUGUCCGGGACAGUAAUAGUUUUCUCAAGCAAAUACACUAACAUAAAUCUUC